AAGAACUCGCAAGCCGGGAUCGCCUCGCUGAUGACCCUCUACUUCCUCUGCUUCCGCUUUAUUGGCUUCCGCGCACCUAAGCCCGAGCCAACAACUCGUCGGCGCCUCUCCUUCAUCUCCCGGCCGCCUCAUCGAACCACUCGAGCCCGUAGUGAGCAGCUGCACCUUUUCAUCUGUUCUCCUCAUAGUUUGAUUGUCAUAGUCAUCGAUCCGCGUGGACUGAGUUCGUCCGCCAUUGAAGGGGAAAUUGGAUGAUUUGCCCUACUUUAUUUGGGCAUUAGAUGAUUUUCCCCACUUUACAUACGAUUAGAUCAUUUGCCCCACUUUUUAUUUUUCUUUUGAUGAUUUGCCCUUUUCAAUUACUGUAAUCAUUUUCGGAUUUAUAUCCCUUUUUUCACAUGCGAAAAGACACAAUUGCCCCUGUAGCUAAAUUAUAAUUUGAUACUGUACAAAUCUGCUCUUUACAAGGUUGUAUCCAACCAAAGCAACUAAUUAACAGGAUACAAAUCAUAUCCCUUUCUUCACGUGGCUUUACACAACAGAACCAAUUAUACUAACAAAUCAUAGAUUGAUUUUGUUGCUUUGUUCGUCAUGUUCAUGGCUAGAGGAGAGGUGGAUCCACGGCCGGCUGCCAAGCCAUCAACAACUGCGAUGACCACCAGACAAUGGGGCUUCACGCAAAUGGCCACCGAGACAAUUCCACAGACUGCCGAACAAGGAGGCGCCUCUUGCAUCUAUGGCUCACCACGAUCUGCUCCAGAUUGGUCUUAGCCGGUGGCUACAAAUGGUACAUAUGUAUCAACUAUGGAAGGAAGUUUUGAUUGGUCCCAGAUUGAGAUAGCACCAAUGAAUGAUGAAGAAAUUGAUGUUCCUAUAACAGAAGAGAACAUGUGCUCGGGCUUGGCAUCAAUGAUGAACCUGAGGAUCGGAAAACUGUAUCUGAAGUAGCUAUGAAAGCCUGCAUUGCAGAUGUUGAUGCAUGUGUGGCUGAUAUUGAUGAGGAUUUACUUGCCGAUGUGGCUCUUCCUGUGUCUGACCAUAUACCCGAAGAGGAUAACUUUUGGUAUGAUAAGGAACAUCCUGUGAUAGAGGAAGGAUCUUUGUUUCGUUCAAUGAACGAGUUCAAGAUGCUCAUAAGAACAUUUGCUAUUAGAGGCAAGUUUGACAUCAAGAUAAAGGAUAGUGACACUACUAGAUUUGUGGGCCACUGUAAAGGAAAUGCAUGUCCUUGGAGAAUAACUGCUAGGACAAUAGAAGAUAAAACAUUCAGGGCUAACAAGAUAGUAAAGCCUCAUAAGUGUUCAUCAACCGCUGUAGUGAUUACAAGCAUGGCAGACCAAGCAUGGGUGGCAGAAAAGGCAAUGGGGUAUCUUCAAACUGAACCAAACAUUGGUUCAAGUGAGCUCCAAAAAAAGCAACAAGCCGAAUACAAAUGUACUAUUGCGUAUCAUACUGUUAACAAGCGAAAAGAAAGGGACGAGAGUAGUUUAUAUGGAACCUGGGGAAAAAGCUUUUAGUCUUUAUUGAACUUCAAAGCUGAGAUUGAUAAAAGAUCUCCCGGUAGCAUUGUCGAGGUUGAUGUCAAGAGGGAAAGAGGUGAAGUGCAUUUCCGCAGAUUUUUUAUGGCACUUAAGCCAUGCAUUGAUGUCUUCUUGGCUGUUUGUAGACCAUAUGUCAGUAUAGACUCCACAUUUUUAACUGGAAAAUGGAAUGGUCAAUUAGCAACAUGACAACAUUAGAUGGA